UAUCUUUCUCAUCAAAGCUCUUAAACCCUCUCGCCAUUUCGAGCCCCCUUUUCUUCGCCUCUGCAAAACCCUAGUUAGGGUUUUUCCAUCUCUGCAUCCAUGGCUCUCUUUCUCCGUAGAUCUACUUCGAUCGCUUCCUCGGCGUCGAAGCAAGCUCUCUCCGCCCUUCUUUUCUCGUCUUCUGAGUCGUUUCGCACUUUACCUUCGAUCACAUCGCAACCAUUCUCGUCCUAUCUGUCUGGCGCUUCUCAUGGCGUUGCGCCAGCGGGGAAUGGAGGUUUUUGGAGAGUUCCAAGCCGGGAUUUUCAUUUCUCGACUGGGGGACUGGGAUUCAGGGCUACGGAGAUCGCUCAGGCGGAGUAUGCUGUGGAUGAUUACUUUGAUGAUGUGCCAUUGAAGAAGGGGGAUGAGGGGUUGGAAAUUGCAAAGCUGGGAAUAUCCAGUGAAAUCACCUCGGCCCUUGAGAAGAAAGGGAUUGUAAAGCUGUUUCCGAUUCAGAGGGCUGUUCUUGAACCAGCAAUGCAAGGUAGGGACAUGAUUGGGAGGGCGAAAACAGGAACAGGGAAAACUCUUGCUUUUGGAAUUCCCAUUAUGGAUAAGAUUAUUUCCUUCAAUGCUAAGCAUGGACGUGGCAGGAAUCCAUUGGCCUUGGUGCUGGCGCCAACCAGGGAACUUGCUCGACAAGUUGAGAAAGAAUUCAAGGAGUCCUCCAAUUUGGACAGUAUUUGUGUCUAUGGUGGUGUGCCCAUUCAAUCACAGAUGAGAAUACUGAAUUAUGGGGUUGAUGUGGUGGUUGGCACGCCUGGUCGAAUUAUUGAUUUGCAAAAGCGAGGUGCCUUGAAUCUGUCAGAAGUCCAAUUUCUUGUCUUGGAUGAAGCCGAUCAGAUGCUUAAUGUUGGUUUUGAUGAAGCUGUAGAGAUAAUUUUAGAUAAGUUGCCUCCAAACAGGCAAACCAUGAUGUUCUCUGCGACAAUGCCUGAUUGGAUAAGAAAACUUACUCAGAAAUACCUUAAAAACCCACUAACUAUUGACCUUGUUGGUGAUUCGGACCAGAAAUUAGCAGAGGGAAUUACUCUUUAUUCUAUUGCAUCAAGCAUGCAAAGUAAAGCAUCAAUUCUUGGACCACUAAUAAAAGAGCAUGCUAAAGGUGGGAAAUGCAUUGUUUUCACUCAAACAAAACGUGAUGCUGAUCGAUUGGCUUAUGUGAUGGGUCGGAGUAUUGAUUGCCAGGCUUUGCAUGGUGACAUAUCACAGAAUCAGAGGGAAAGAACUCUUAGUGGCUUUAGGGAUGGCCGUUUUAAUACUUUAGUUGCCACAGAUGUCGCCGCCCGUGGUCUUGAUAUACCUAAUGUUGAUCUGGUGAUUCAUUAUGAAUUGCCAAACACAUCCGAGCUCUUUGUUCACCGAUCUGGUCGAACAGGACGGGCUGGGAAGAAAGGGAGCGCGAUUCUUAUUUACUCUCCAGAGCAAGCAAGAGCUGUCAGGGGAAUUGAGGGUGAUGUGGGAUGCAGGUUCACAGAGCUUCCUAGAAUUGCUGUCGAGAAUGCUGGUGAUGACAUGCUAAGCAUGGGCGGCCGUUACGAUUCAUAUGGAGGUGGCCGUGGGGGUGGUUCAGGUUUCGGUCGUGGUGGUUCUAGUUAUGGUCGUUCUCGUUCUGGUGGCUUUGGUGGGUCUUCAUAUGGUCGUAUGAAUGACUUUGGUGAAUCUGAUUCAGGUCGAUCCCGUUCCUUUGGUGGCCCUAGUUCAAGGUCUUCUGGUGGAUUUGGCAGUUUUGGGUCAGAUCGCUCUACCGGCUUUGGUUCAGAUCGCUCUUCAGGUUUUGGUUUAUUUGGACAAGGACGGUCAGGUGGUUUUGGGAACUCGAACUCUGGUUCAGAUCGCUCUUCAGGUUUAGGUUCAUUUGGGCAAGGGUUGUCAGGUGGUUUUGGGAACUCGAAGAAGGGAAAUUUUGAAGAUUCGGGUUUUGGUGGUUUUGGCCGUGCAGAUGAUAGCCAAGCAGGUGGAUCUUUUAGGAGGUCAUCUUAGGUUUAUAGUUGAUGCUUGUCAUAGUCUGAUGAGAUGCAGACUCUUAUGUUACCAUAAAUCAGAGCUAUAAAGUUCGUAUUCGAUCUUAUGUUUGGUCCACUUUAAAAAUUAUUAAAUUAAAUCUUAUAAUUUGGUUCAAGUGUC